AUGGGCAAAAAAGCCAAGCCAUCCGCAGGCAAAGCCGCUGCCAAAGUCGCCAAAAAGGAAAAAGCUGAAAAGAAAGCUACGAGCAAACUCACUAAACAAGUCGCUAAACAAAAAUCUCAAUCCUCCACCACCAAUUCCACCGCCAAGGGCAAAUCCAAACAAAGCCCCAAGAAGGGUACCAUUGACGAUGAUCAAGAAGACCUUGAUGCUCUCCUUGCCAGGUACAGGGAGCAAUGGGAAUCAGAGCACGUAGUAUCAGAAGAAAAGGUAGGAGGACCUCCAUCCCGUAGAGCCAAUGCCACUUUCACACCCUGCCCACUCGGUAACGAUCUCUACCUCUUCGGAGGCGAAUAUUUCAACGGAGAGCGAGUCUCUUUCUAUCAAGACAUGUAUCGUUAUAUACCCGACAAGAACGAAUGGCGAACGUAUGCUUCUAAAACCCAACCUGGUCCUCGAUCUGCACAUCAAAUCGCCGCCACCCCGGCCCAAGGUGGAAUGCUAUGGCUCUUCGGCGGCGAAUUCUCCGGUGCACGACAAAACGCUUUCCACCACUACCGCGAUCUAUGGGCGUUCAGCAUCGAAACAAAAGCAUGGGAGAGGAUAGAUACAAAACUUCGCCCCUCCGCACGGUCAGGACAUCGGAUGUGUUUCUGGAAACAUUACCUCGUGCUCUUCGGAGGCUUUAUCGAUACCGGUGUAAAGACGCAGUAUCUCAACGAUUUGUGGAUAUUUGAUACACAGAAUACAUUCAAAUGGGUCGAGAUAAAACAGAAUGAUCUACGUCGUCCACCUCCCAGGUCUGGAUUCUCCUUUUUGCCCGAGAAGCAAGGGGUUGUGCUGCAUGGAGGGUAUUGUAAGAAGUAUGUCAAGGGGCAGAGGACGCAAGGGGUUGCGUUGGAGGAUACAUGGUUUUUGAAGAUGGAUGAGGAUUUGGAGAAAUUGGAUUGGAUGAAGAGGAGGAAAGUUGGCUAUCCACCGAAUCCGGUUAGGAGUGGUUGUACGAUGGCCUUGUGGCCUGCGAAGAGUAUGGGAGUCAUGUUUGCAGGCGUGACGGAUACAGAGGCGGAUGAGGAGACGAUGGAGAGUACCUUUCAUAAGGAUUUGUAUGGAUAUCAGUUAGCAGGGAUGGGAAGAUGGGUUAGCUUGAAUUUGAAAAGACCCAAAAAGAAAGCGGGUGGGAGGAGGAAGAAGAAGCCCAACCCGGUGCAGAUUCAGCAGCAGCAGAGGGGAAACGGGUAUGAUUCUGAUAAUGAGGAUGGUCAUCAUUACCCUUCUGAUAAUGACAAUGAUGAGGGCGAGGGAGGUGAGCGUGGACAAGAUUUAACUGGAUCGACAGAACAACUUUGUAUCUCAGACUCGCCUGAACCCGCACCACUACCGCCACAACCUGCAGAGCAAGAAGAGCAAGAAGACGCAGACGAUCCACUGAAAAGCAUGCCUCUCGAACGCUACAACGUCAUGCUCGCCGUUCAACGCAAUAUCCUCUACGUCUACGGAGGAAUUUUCGAAUCUGGAAAUCGAGAAUACACUCUUGACGAUUUCUACACUCUCGAUCUCACCAAACUGGAUCGUUUCAACUGUCUCCAAUCCUGCCCUAUCGACGCACUUGAAUGGGAUGAAUCCUCCUCCUCCGCCUCCGACUCCGACUCCGGUUCCGACUGCUCCUCUUCUUCCUCCUCCUCCGAAUCCGAGGGUGAGGAAGGGGACGAGCUGCCAGAAGGCUUCGAGUUCGAUCCAUCAUCCGAUUCAUCGGAUGAACUCGCUCAGCAAUCGAAACUGUCGGCUGCUGAAAAGCAAGCUCUCCGCGCACGUGCACAAGCAUUUAUCGGCGUUGCUUCCAACACAGCUCGAACUGAACAGGAGAUCUUAUCAACUCCACAACCAGGCGAGAGUUUGAGAUUGUUCUAUGAAAGGACCAAACUACAUUGGGCUUCCAUAGCUAUCCUUCAAAGCCAGGGUAAGUUGAGGGGGAAGGAAAUGAGGAAACAAGCUUUCGCAUUGGCCGAUGGACAGUAUCAAGAAUACAAACCCAUUUUGCAUGAGAUUGAGAGGAUAAGGGCCGAAGCUGGCUUGGAUGAGAAGGAGGCAAGUGUCAAUAAAGUUGGUGGGAUUGGGGCCGGUAGUACUGGUGUUGAUUCCAGGAAUAGGAGGUGA